AGUCUGGUAUAAAAGACGUCGAGUGCGAGCACUGAGGCAAGCAGUACAAACAUACAGCUCAAGCGCAAACAUGUUCAACAAGACCUUUUUCGUUGCCCUCAUUCUGUGCGCUUGCUACUUGAGCGCCACCUGGGCACGCCCGCAGCUCGGCCAGCUGCCCCAGCUGCCCGUUCCUGGACUCGACUCCCUACCCAUCGGCAAUGUGGGCGGCGCUGUUGGCUCGGCACUCGGCGCAGCUACUGGAGGACUCGCAGCUGGCGGUCUGACCCAGUCGCUCUCGCCUAGUCUGGGCCGACCGAAAAUUCUGUAAGCCCAGCCAGAGCCCUCAACGACUCCCAACACCAAUGUCGACGUCAAUGCCAAAACUAAGUCUAUUCAAAUGUCAAUAAUUAUUUGUGUUCUUAAAUAUUAAAUCAAAAUUUGCAUAUCCUAA